AUGUGCUCUAUCAACCGUUGCUUGAUCGCGCUCUUGGCGCUUCUUGCCUUGGCGAACCAAGCUGAAGCUUUCUUGAGCCGCCUCAUCGGGGGGAACAAGAAGAAGAAGAAGUCGUCGUCGAACCAAGCCGAAAAAAGCAAAUUCAACUGGAGAGAGGAUUGUAAACCAAAGUCUGGUAAAUCCCGUGAGCAACACCUCAAGGACCUGAAACCCUUGGAUCGCAUUGAGUGCCUCAAACUCAGGUACAAAGAACCGCUUUUCCUUCAGUCACAGGCCAAGAAGGCGGCGUGGCUCACUGGUGGUAGAGGUGCAGGAACUAAAGAUGAAGAUUGCUAUGUGAUGAAUUUGGGGAAAGGAAAGGAAAAGAAUUCCAUGUGGCACUACGAGUGGCGCUUUUAUGGGGCAAAAGAUAGAAAACUUCAAGAGUCGGGCGGAUACUCGUCAGGCGAUUGCAUCAAGUUUGGAGACCUGGUCUACCUUCACGCAUACGGUGGCAAAGGUGGCAAAAAAGGGAGUCAGAGGUAUUUGACUGGUGGUCGUGGAAAGGGCUACGAAGUAAGAUCAAAUGGGCUCAAGGAAAAUGACGACGCAUGGAUUUGGAAGAUUCGACCCGACAUUGGCAAAGGGAAAAAAUCGUCACAUGUCCCUGGAAAUGGAGAAUGCGUCAUGGAAGACAGAAGCAACCAUGACGAUGACGGGGUUCGUUCCGUGACCAAGCAGGAGUCCGGCGAUAAAGAAGAGAGACUACGAUGGAUCAUCAGGAGAGAACAUGGAGAUGGUGGAUUGGAGAGUGCCAUCGCAUGUCAACCAACACAGAGUCGUGACAAAUCAAAAAGACCCAAUAGCAACUGGAAGUACGUCAAUUUCAGUAAUGGCCACCAAUCCUUUUCCUUUGAUGUCGGAACUACCAACACGCGGGGCAAGGAUGUGACAAAGUCAUGGCAUUGGGAGGUUGGUGUUUCCGCUACCGUUGAGGCCAAUGGUGGCGUUGGAAGCACUAGUCUUGAAGUCAACUCCAACUACGGUGAAGAGUCCUCGGAGACGAUUAGUGAAUCUCUGGAUUUCAGCAAGUCUCACUCCUGGUCUGUUGACCUGUCCCCGGGGGCGGUAUGGCAGUUUGAGACUGUGGUCCACACUCUUUGUGAACAAUUUUCAGACAACGAGCGUGAGGACGCUAUGAAUAUUCAUGCCAAGUCCUAUGUCAUCACCGAGAACAAACUAAAGCCGCCUUGUUGCCUCCCUGGUUUGUUCAAAGAGAAUGACAAUCCUCACGGGCCUUGCCUCGAUGGGACGCCAUGCCUCUGUGAGGACCAGGACAUCUGCUUCCCACCAGAGGCAGAGCCAGAGCCAGAGCCUGUUGAAUCUGACUCCGGCGACAGUGGAGGCAGCAGCAGCGAUGGAGGUUCCUACACAGGAGGUCCCUACAAAGGAGGGCCUGUUGAAUCUGACUCCGGUGACAGUGGAAGCAGCGGCAGCGAUGGUGGUUCCUACAGAGGAGGAAGCAGCGGAGGGUCGUACGGUGGAGGCAGUGGAUACAGUGGUUCAAGUGCCGGUGGAUGCAGCGACGAGGAAAAGUUUGCCAUAUUGGAGGGCUUAAUUGUGGAUUCACUUAAUGGGGGUGGGUACCGGAACCUUGGAGAGGCAAAUGAUACAAGGGAGCUUGGCGAUGUGAUCGUCAAUGUUUACAAUUAUGAUAAUGGCGCCAGCGGUGGUCCCGCUGGAGGAGGUUUCGGGAACGGUGGACGAGGAGGCAUUGGAAAGGGUGGACGAGGAGGCGGAUACAACCCGGGAUCUGGUGGCGCCGGAUACGUCUGCGAGAUCGAAGACGAGCUCUACGACUUUGUCGAGGCUACUAUGUUGCGCGAGGCAAACUCUUACCAGUUCUAG